AUGGCCGUCCUGGCGAUCCCGGUUAAGGGCUUACUGCCGCUUGGCGACCCCAGAAGGAAGUGGUUUGGUGUAAGUGCUGGGGCCGAAUCGUCGUCCAGGGGUACAUGCGUUAGUGGUCGGCUGUUUAUGAUGUUUUCGAUCUCCUUAGUGCCUCGAUCGCUGUAUAUGUGGGUCGGAGUUCCUCGUCGUGCGAUCAUGUUUCUCAGUGCCAUGAUGCAGGAGCUGCUCGUGAGGGAAUGCGCCACCUCAAUGUGCACCGCUCGCACGGUCAGGCAUGUCGCCAGCAUUCCCCAUCUUUUCUCGACCCUUCUGCCUACGGCCACUUCGAUCGGCCCGAAAUAG